ACUUGAAGAUGUCACAAAGGCAUUCAACCAGCCAUGGAGCAGUAAGCAAAGUGGACUCCCCUGUCACCUCCAAGUCUCCCAGCCUCAGAGAUUUUUGUUCCACAUCAUCCUUUAAACAUAGAAGCCAUCAUGAGUUGUCAGAAUCUUGUAGCUUUAAUAAGAAAGAAAAAGACCCAAUGCUAACCUGUGAGCAUCUUGAAACUCCAGGCCUAACUUCAGCCAAUCCUACAGCAUCUCCCAGUCAAAGAAAGAUAUCUGUGUUCCCAAGGAAGGAAACAGGUCAAAGCCCAGAACUUUGUGAGACUCCUAAAAUCAGAAGGAAAAAAUGCUCAUUACGUAGGCGGCUGAACUUAUCUUUCACCCUUCUGAAGGGGGAUUCUGAUUCACAAAGCAGUACUCUGGAAAGAAAUAUAAGUCAAGGUCUUAGACUAGAAAACUCUAUCUCAGGUGGCACUUCCGGUUUCCCAAAACAAGACACCUUUAGCCCAAUAGCUACCAGCACGAUAAAAACAGAGGAUGCAACCUCUACCAGUCAGAACUCAAGGUUACGGUUUUCCCAGCAUAAGACUUCCACCAUUGAUGAUUCCAAAGAAGACUGUGCCUUAUUUGAAGUGGAAUGUCUGUCUCCAAUUGAAGGCCAUGAUUUUAGAGAUUCUAUCACAAGGGACUUUAGCGACAGCAGUUUAAGUGUAAGUGAUGAGAACACAUGUCCUGAACUUCUGGGCUUCUUGGGGAACCAGACAACCUAUGGAGCAGAUGUAACCAUAUCUGUAACUCCAGUAAGUAGUCUCAUAGCAAAUCUUAAAUUUAAUGGAAGCCAAGCACUUAAUUCUUCAGCAGAAGUUAGACACAGUGUUUCAACACCCGAAGACAGUGGCUUUAGCUCACUUAGCUGGGAUAAGUCAGAAGAUUUUAUCUCUGAUCAAGAAGGUUCGUUUCAAGAACUUCUUCAGAAACAUAGGGGGACUCCCAGAGUGGAGGAUCUUGUGAAAAAGCCAAAGCAUCUUGGGAGGUUGAGAAGACUGUCUACUCUCCAGGAGCAAGGCUCCCAGUCAGAGACAGAAGAUGAAGUGCCAAUGGUCCAUCCCAACUCUAAAGCAAGAGCAGACACUGCUUCAGGCAUCUUGGAGAGUCAGCAAGGCUCUGAUGAGAAGGUCAGGGAUUUGACUUUAACCUUUAAGAAUUUAUCAAAUACUCCAGCCUUACAGUUAGUUCAUGAGCUCUUCAUGAAAAGCAAAAGGAAACGAUUCCAGCAGGAAGAUGACCAGGAAUUCGAGGAAAGGGAUGAAGGGAAAAUAGCUAGACUACAGUGUGUUCUGGCAGGACUAAUUGGCAAGAAGAUGGGUAUAGAACAGCUGGAUAUCUUGACAGAAUUACAAUAUAGAAAUUUGAAGCAUAUCCUAGCUAUGGUUUUAGGUUUCUUGGCUGCGGAGAGUUUAUACAGUGCUUGGAACGUCAGCAGAAACUGGCGUGAAAUUGUGGCUCAGGAUAAAAAGGCAAACGGGAGGAGGAAACUUUAUAUCAUACAACUGAAAGCAAAUGCCCAGGGGGCUGUGUUACAUGUUCAGGAUGCUGCCACUCGGCUUCAUCUUCUAAGUCGCUCAGCCUUAAGAUCAGUGCAGGCACAGGCGCAGGCACCCACUGCUCAAAAUGAGCAGGCUCCAACUCUGUCCCCUUGGGGAGAUGUUUUGACACCUGUAGCAAGCUCUUCCCUCACCCACCUAAGGAGUAAACAGGCACAGUAUGUGAAGGUUGCCAGGACACUCUUUACUGAUGAAGCUUUAAAGCCUUGCCCAAGGUGCCAAUCCCCAGCUAAGUACCAGCCAUAUAAGAAAAGGGGGCUGUGCAGCCGCCUGGCCUGUGGCUUUGACUUUUGUGUGUUAUGUCUGUGUGCUUAUCAUGGGUCUGAAGAAUGUAGAAGAGGGUCAGCAAAGCCAAGAAGUAGUAAAGAUGGUCUCCCAGGGAGUGCCCAAAGCAAGCAGAAUUUAAAACGCCUCUAAAGAGACUAAGGAAACACUCCCUUUGCUGGCCUAUGUUCUGUCUGACUUUAAAUUAUGACUAUUUUGAACACAUGCAAAUCUUCCCAUUGAUGACAGACAAUGAUUUAUUUCCUAUUUUGUAUUAAUGCACACCAUUGUAUAUUUACUUUAAAGUGAUGAGUUUUGAAAGAAUUUUAUUUUAAAUGUCCCCAUUUUAAAUAACUUGAUGUUUUAAAUAAAGAAUUUUCAGGGUUGUUAGAUAUGUGUGUUUUAAUGGUUCAUGUAACUCUUUAAAUUUGUGCAUUUUAUAACUAUGUGUUGAAAUGUUCUCAAAUUUCUUUAAAAUUUUGAAAAAAUAUUGAACUCGAAGCCAGUGCAAU